AUCGGUAAGCUUCCCGAGUAUUCAUACCACACGCAUAUAUAUAUAUAUAUAUAAUGGCUGUUUUGACAGUAGAAAUAGAAACAGAAAAAUAAAAAGAAAAGAAAGUAAAGAGAGGGGGAGACGGAAAGAAGAAAAUUUCGCAUGAAGAAACCGAUGAUUCUUCAAAUUCUCCUGCAUUUAAAAGUCACUAUCACUCAUCUCUGUCUCUCUGCCAUAUAGAGAGAGUAGGCAGAGGUGAUUAAGACAUCUGCUUGAAGCGAAAGGGUCUUUCGAGGAGUUCUCUGAGGGUGUAAGGCUAAACAUUCAACAUGAGGAACAAGAGAGCAUGGAUUCUUCAGGCUCUGAUAAUGCUGCAAUGCUCUCUGGGCUUUGCGAGAGAGAUGGCGGCGGAAGAGAAGGCCGAGACGGCGAUUCCGGUGACGACCCUAUCGCCGCCGGAGGGAAACACGACGUUCCUGGACGGCACGACGUGGUGUGUGGCGCGUCCCGGCGUGUCGCAGUUGGAUUUGCAGAGCGCGCUGGACUGGGCGUGCGGGAUGGGAAUGGCGGAUUGCGGCCCGAUUCAGACCGGCCGCGAAUGCUACGAGCCGGACACGCUCUUGUCCCACGCUUCCUUUGCUUUCAACAGCUACUACCAACAGAAUGGAAACUCUGACAUCGCCUGCAACUUUGGGGGCACUGCCUCCUUGACACAACGUAACCCCAGUUAUGAGAGGUGUGUUUACUCUACAUCUGGGACUGUGGGAUCAGCGGCGCCUCCAGCGUCCGAGCACAAACCAAGCUUCAUCUGGUGGAGAAGCAUCGGUUUUGUGCUGCUUUUGUACUGGAGAUGCUGAGCAGCCAUUUAAUAAUAAUUAAUAUGCCAAAGUGGAGAAAAUGAAGAUUCCAGCAUUAGGGUUGUGUUGGAGAGAGAUGAGACAUCUUCUUCUUAGUUUAUGUACUUAUAUUAUGAGCAUCUUAUAUUCGUGCUUUGAGAGGAAAUUCCAGGGUACCUUUCUUGUUGGGUUUGGAAUUGGAAUAUAAUCUGGAGCUGCUGAUGGAUGCAAUGCAAGUUUCUGUCUUCUGUUGGUUUUGUUCCUUGAAAUUAAUUGUAUCUCAUUUUAAUUCCAACUUUAUAGACUGAUCUGAUUCUGCAGAGUGCGUGUUUAAGAAUCAAAGGAUUCUUCGCCGCCGUCUGGACUAAUUAACUCGAUCGC